UUGUUGCCCAUGAUUGUACAUGGACAGGAGAUGUGUGUAUUACAACAAGCCCCUGCUGGAAUCGGGGACCCUGGGCACCAAGGGCAACGUACAGGUGGUCAUUCCCAAACUGACUGAGUCUUACUCCUCCUCACAGGACCCUCACGGGAAAUCCAUUCCUAUCUGUACCCUCAAGAACUUCCCCAAUGCCAUCGAACACACACUACAGGUGGAGACACUACAAGGAACUAAGAAGGCUGUCGUUGAUGAGAGACCAACCAGUUUCCAGGACUGCGUGGCUUUUGCCAGGAAUGUGUUCCAGGAGAACGAUAAUAACAACAUUCAUCAGCUUCUGUUCAACUUCCCUCCUGAUCAGGUCACAAGUUCCGGAGCUCCAUUUUGGUCUGGUUCAAAAAGAUGUCCGCAUCCACUGGAGUCUGAUGUAAAUAAUACCACCCAUUUGGACUAUGUUAUGUCUGUAGCUAAUCUCAGGGCUCAAAUGUAUGGCUUUAAACAAGUUCGGGAUCCAAAGGCUAUCUGUGAUAUGGUGUCAAAGAGCAAGUUGAUUGCUGGAAAGAUCAUCCCAGCCAUUGCUACCACCACAGCACUCAUCACAGGCCUAGUGGCUGUAGAACUCAUCAAGCUUGUACAAGGACAUAAUACAUUAGAAAGCUACAAGAAUGGAUUUGUAAAUCUGGCUUUGCCCUUCUUUGCUUACUCAGAACCAAUAGCAGCACCCAAGAACAAGUAUUAUGACACUUACUUCACACUAUGGGACCGAUUUGAAGUUCAAGGAGAGAUGACGCUACAGUAAUUUUUAGAUUAUUUCCAG